AUGGCCCUGCUGGGCAACACGCUGAGGUACUCUGUGGACCUCGGGGGGGCCGGUUGUGGCUGCAACGCGGCUUUCUACCUCACCUCCAUGGGGCACAACCCUCACAAGUCGGAGUGCUUCGACUACUACUGCGACGCCAACAACGUGUGCGGUCAGACCUGCGCCGAGAUCGACAUUCAGGAGGCCAACCUGUUUGCCUUCCACGCGACCCUGCACGGCGCGAACGACUCGUUCGGCGCCGCCGAGGGCGAGGGCGGCGGGGGGCCGGGCUGGAGUGGGCCCCGCGACUGGGACAAGAGGGACUACGGCCCGGGCGCCAAGUGCGUCGACUCGACCGCCCCCUACGAGGUGGCCGUGUCCUUCCCCACGGACAAGGCAGGGUCCCUCGAGGCGAUGUGGAUCUCCCUGUCGCAGGUCAAAGAAGACGGGGGAUCAUGUAGGAUCUCGCUGAACUUCAGCAGCUAUGAGUACAUGUCAGAGAUGGCAGAAGAACUUAAGAGGGGGAUGACACCGAUCAUAAGCUACUGGGCUGAUAACGACAUGCUUUGGUUGGAUGGCCGCGGCGAUGACCACAAGGGCCCGUGCAAAAAGGACAACAAAAAGAAGUGUUCGGAUACAGUGAGGUUCUUCAAUUUCUCCAUCGCCGAGGUCUCCGACGAAGAUACGCCUACUAUCUCGAACAAGACCACAACCACCACCCAGAAGCCAGUCAGCGACGACGGUGCUUGGAAUGGGGAGGCCAGCGAUAGCUCGACCAGCUCGAGUGAGGCUUUGGAGCAACCCUCCUCCACGACAACGCAGGCUGCCAGUUCGUUAGGCUGGGAUUGGGACGCUGACGAAGGAGACGACGACGGGCAGCUAGAAGACUCUUCUGCCACUGACGAGGGCAAUGCGGUGGUUGGGGGAGAGUGCGUGGAGUUCGACAAUUGGAGGAAGGCGGCAGUCGGCGGAAGAGCCGUGCAGAUGAACCUGGGCGCUGCGGCGUACGGCGUCCAGACGCCGUCGUGGCCGGAGUGCCGCAGCAUGUGCGCGAAGCACAAGGACUGCAAGCAGGUUGUGUUCUACAAGCCUGAUCGCACGUGCUUCGCCACCAGGGAGGCCCAGGGAGAGGACCAGGACAACAUGGGCGGCUCCAAUUACGACUUCAUCUCGGCACACUGUAACAACGCGUGCCAGGAGUUCAACAAUUGGCGCAAGAGCGAGGCAGGCGAGGAGAUAGCCCUGGGGACGCACGAGUACGGCGCGGAGACCGAGGACUGGCCCACGUGCCGCGACCGCUGCGGAGCCGAGAAGGAGUGCAGGCAAGUGGUCUACUACAGGCCAGAGCGCAAGUGCUUCGGCAUGAGCGGAAGGGGCGACGGCGACCAGGAUAACUUGGGCGGCCAGAACUCAAACUUCGUCUCCGCCCACUGCCACCACGAUGGCGCGGCCUCCGGCGCGGGCAUCGGGGGAACCAUCGAGGAGCUGACCAGCGGCAUGGACGCCGAGCGCAUCGUCAUGCAGAAGAAGUUCGCCGGGCUGCCCGGGCCAGCCCCGCCGUCGGACCACGGCAGGUGGGCGCUAGCCUGCGGAGGCGUGGCGGCCGUCGCCGUCCUGGCCGUCUGCGCGUCCGCCGCCGCCGGCGCCAGGCGGAGGCGCGUCGCGCACGCCGCCCCCGUGGAGAGCCUGAGGGGCAUCUCCAGCCUGGGGGAGGUGGCCAGCGAGGAGGACGGCCUCAUGGGCACGAGGACGGGCUCGGAGCGCCUGCUGGCGAGCGGCCGGUGGGCGCCUAUGACUUGCGGUGCGCUCCAAACGCGCUCUCGCCUCGGAGCUCAUCCGUGCGCCCCAGAAGCAGCAGGGCCUGCGCUCCUGGGAGCCCCCGCCUCGGCGGGCGGGCCGGUGCUCUGCCCGGGUGCCCGGCCGGGGGUGUCGCCCCCGGGCCCCGCCUCCUGGGACGGCGGGUGUGCCGAGGCCGGUGACGGCGGCGGUGCUCCAGGCCGGCUGCCCCUGGCGCAGAUGCAGGCGCUGGUGCUGUCGCAGCACUACUGGCCCUCCGUGCUGUCCAAGGCCGACAACCCACAGCUGAAGUUGCCGCCGACGCUGGAGGAGGCUCUGGCGGACUACGCCAGCGCGUUCGCAAAGGUGAAGGCCAACCGCGCCAUCAGCUGGAAGAAGAGCCUGGGUCUCGUGGAGGUGUCGGUGCAGCUCGCAGACCGCACGCUGAACGUGGAGGUGACCCCAGUGCAGGUGGCGAUCCUCGAGUGCUUUUCCUCCGGCGACGCCGACAUGGAUACCCCAGGAGCCGGGAGCCCCGCGGCCGCCGGCCAGGCGCAGGCCUCGCGGCGGAGCCUGCAGGAGGUGGCCGCACAGCUACAGCUGCCAGAGCAGCUGGUGCGGAAGCGGAUCGGCUUCUGGGUGGCGAAGGGCGUGCUCAGGGAGGUCAGCGCCGGCGUCUUCGAGACUCAGGAGUCCCUCUCCGCCGCCGACGGCGCCAGGCACGCAGGGGGCGGCCACCUGGACGAGGACGGCGAGCGCUCCCCGGAGCAGUCGGCCGCGCGGGCCGCGGCGGGGGGCUGCGCGUGCGCCGCCGAGGUGGAGGCGUGCGAGGCGUUCAUACAGGGCAUGCUGACGCAUUGGACGUCCCUCCCCCUCGGCCGCAUCCACAACUUCCUCCAGAUGUUCAUGGUCGACCCGCUCUACACGCACAGCGAG